AUAUAACUUCCUGUCACAUGGUUGGUUUGUUUACGUUAGUGAUCAGUGUCACGGUCCAGUGACACACACGUUGAUUUUCUCACCUGAGACAGACUGCCAUUGUUUAUAUAUACCAUAGCAGGACUUAAGUGUGGUACAUACCUAGUCUUCCGUUACCUGUGACCAGAAACAAUAACUUGACAAAGUCUUAAAACAUUUAAUGUACUUUGUGGUGUCCAGGCACAUAAUGAUAGCUGCCAAGCUACUUAGAGAAAUUUAGGGAAUUUUCACCUGCCCUGAAAUAGGUGUAUACAUGAUUAUUGGAUUCCGAUUUCAGACAGGUGAUACAGGGAAGUCUUUAACAUUAUCGAAGGAUUAUACCUGCCAAGGUAAACGCCAUCCAGAGUAUUACAGAUGUACUUGUAAUAGCAGACAAUCUAAUAUGGAUUUUACUACCAGUGUUCCUAGUUUGUUUUGUUUGUAAGUCUGUGAAGGCCGUACUGGAAAUUCCUUUUCGACCUAACGACAGGAAUGCAGGUAAAUCUAGCAGUAACGACAGGCAACAGGUGUGAAAAAUCUUGUUAAAAGAUAGUUAUUGUUUACUAUGGUGGAGCUGAGUUUGUAUUGAUAUACUAUAAUAACUCAAAUGAGUGGAAUAUUGACAUGUUUGUACGAAGAACUCAGAGGAAUGGAAUUUUGACAAGUUUAUGUUGUUCAAGGUUUCAACGACUGCAGAAAUAUUAAGAAAUAACUCAGAAUUCGCUGCCGUUAGUGACACACUCUUCAAGUAUAGGAGUCAUUUACACCAACGUCUUGUUCAUUACAAGGAGUUAAUGUUGAUCCACGACUUCCCACUGUAACAUGCUAUCUUGGAAACAUAACUUGGACGUUUUAAUCAUUCUGACACGUCCUGUCAUUUGUGGAAUUAAACACUUGAAAUAUCAAGUAAAGGACUCUUGAAAUAUCAAGUAAAGGACUUUUUGUCAAUACAAUAGCUGUGGAGGAAAGAAAAACAAUCGAGUGAAAAAAAGAAAUUUAAAACCUGGAUAAAUUUAUUAAUUUUUGUGGUACAUAUCGUCAGAUUGUAAACAAAGCAACAGAAAUAAUUGACAUCCAGAUCGAACAUGUCUAUUGCACAUGGCGAUUUCUGGAUCUUAUGCACACAUAGUUCAUGAACGACAGCUGUUUAACCAAAGCCUAUCGGGGCCCUACCUACUGUAAAGCAUGUGGAAUAACGAGUAUCACUACGUAUGUUAUCAGGCUAAACAACAUUUUAAAUGCCAUUGACUUUGGUGUAGAGAAUAAAAAGGAAGGAGUUCUUUUCCCUACAAGAAGAAGUGUUAUUCGAAAUACCUGAUUUCCUGUUUCUCGCUGUCAAAACACAGGGAACAGGUUUUUUUGUGUAUAAAUAUGUAAUGAGAGUGCUCUUUACCUUUCAUGAGUGUCAAGAAAGACUUACGGAUUCAAGUUAUGUUCAUUUCAGACGUCAAAUUAUAAUUAGAGGCUUUCACCUGAAGAGAGUUGUCCUCGAUGUGUUAAUUAGAUGACUAAUAUAGGAAAUCUCAUUAAUUACUACCAUUUCUAAAAACCUUACGUUCAAGGUCAGUGGAAUAUUUCUUACAUUAAUGGAAUCUUAACACUAUAAUCAUUAAGGCUAUAUCUACAUAGAAAUCGACUGUGUUUACCUGUACAAACUUACCUGGAUUGAUUUAACUGUAGAUACAGGUGUGACAUUUCGCAGAAUCAUUUUGGGGCGUCAUCAGUAUUUCAUUGAAAAUCAUUCAUGUGUUGGAUUUAAUUGGACGGUCAGGUGUAUUUAGUGAUACAAAGCUUUAUUUGUUAGCUUGUAUGGAACCUCAUUUUUCAAUUUAUAUAUUAAUUAGAAUUCCAUCAAGCAGAGCCUUCAGCCUUGGAGAUACCAGGAUGUGAAUGGUGCGGGCAUGUGACUUUGAAAGUGACAAUAUUGACAGAAGAAAUUUGAAGUUUAUGAAGAAGUUGAAGCUGGUGGCUUGGAAUUUUAUCACAAAAUUAUCAUUACAGCAGUAGCUAAUACUGCAGGAAAUUGAACUUCCGCAAAUCAUAACAUCAAAUUGAGAUAAGUUUUAUCAUACAAGAGGCGAUACCCCGUAAAACAGUGUUCUAGAAAAAAAAAGAUCAAUUUGAGGAAUUUUAUACCGUAACACUAUCCAAUUUGAUUUCACACGAGAAAGUUGAUCACAUGGGAUUUUAAUUAUCGGAAAAAGGGAUUUGUCAAUUUAUCAUUUAUGAUCGUGUUAGUUACAGUGUUAUUUUGAUUGACAAAAUGUCUGAUUACACCGUCGAUAUAAUGGGUUGAUUGUCAUCAUACUCAAACAUUGAUGUGUAAAGUGAGGAUAUCGAUAGUAAAUACUGAAAAAAAAAAAAAAAUGUAUUUACACCAGAUCAAGUUUUGAAAAUUAAGGAAAUUUUUCAUCAUACAACUGUGCAGCUCGUCGGGAAUGAUAUUACAGAGAUUGACAUCUUAAACAUGUCAAUAUCAAGAAAAUUCCUUUGGGAUAAAGCAUGAAGUUCUGAAAUAAGGAAAAGAUAUUCAACAUGUACAAGUGGAGAAAAAACAUGUGGCAAAGACAGGUGAAGAUGUCAUAAAAAUUCUGAAGGAUUAAUAGUAGAUAUUUUGUAGUUUCAAGUUAAGAAACAAGGAGAAAUUUACCCUGUACAAGUGGAGAUAUAUAUGUACAUGUAUUACAUACAUAUGUGUAUAUAUAUAUACUGUACUACACCGUCAGGUAUCUAAAUACUUUGCAGAUGUCAUAAAAAUUCCUACAGACUAAAUGAAGGGUGGUCUGCCCAGUGGUGUGAAGUGUACUUAAUCUAACUGUUUAUAUUACACACUACGAACACACUGUGUUGAUAACCGUGGGUCGAGAGACCAGGCUCGGAACAUGGCAGGGCCUUCACUUUUUAAAGAUCCAUGCCUGGCUACAGAGUUAUGAAGCUAUCUGAUAUGAGAAAUUUGCCACUGGGACCUUAGCACUGACCAACCGACAGCCAUGUACAGGGCGUAUCUACUGAAAUGUCGCCUUGAACAAGGUCAGGACCAGGAGCCAAACACAUCAGGGUAUAACUCUCAGGAAUCUAGGUAUGACUCGGCAGUGACCUCAACUGACCCCUGGUCAAGGAGAGAGGUCAAGGUCGCUGGUGAUAACAAAGGUGUUGGUCACACUUUUACUGCUCAAGACAAGGAGAAUGUGGAAUUGUCAGCCACAAAAUAUAGAACUUUGACAGAAAAUGGUGCUACCUCACAAUAUUCAAAAUCUCCUCUAACGCAAAAGAGUUCCAAUCCUGCAUCAGAUUCAGGAAGGAGCUUAAAUAAUGAUGGUGAUGAGAGACUCCAAAGUGCAUUAAAAGAUGACACAGUGACACGCACAGGAAGUAGAUUAGGUCGUCAGCUACGCAUAUCAUCGUUAACAGACGCGACUGGGCAUCUGUAUGUGCCUGACACACCUCCACAUUCGUUAGCGCACCUGUCAGAGUCGUCAUCAAAGGGAGAUAAUAAUAAUUCAUCGAGUGAAAUAGAUCCAUCAACGGUUGCUGGUAAAAGUGUAAAUCAAAAUGAAACACCGAUUUCUUCUGUCACCAAUAAACACACACCUAAAAUUGUUUACAGUCAUUCUGAGGACAAUUGUAAUGUAGAAAGGCCAUCUCACAAGACACUUCAACAUUCCCCCUACAGCUCACCCAACGCCUCACCACGCCUUAAACGGCGCCCAACCAUGGAAACGAGACGUGUGUCAAUUUCCGAUGUGGACGGAUUCGUUCAACUUAACCAAUAUCAGCUGAAAACAGAAAUUGGCAAGGGAUCCUAUGGCAUCGUAAAACUGGCUUACAACGAAGAAGAAGACUUCAAUUAUGCAAUGAAAAUUUUAUCAAAAAAGCGGCUGAUGAAAAAGGCUGGUUUCUGUCGGCGACCCCCUGCUAGAGAUGGUAAACCUGUGACUCACCCACCGAACCCGCUGGAGAGAGUGUACAGGGAAAUCGCCAUCCUUAAAAAGCUUGAUCACCCAAACAUUGUCCGAUUGAUUGAGGUUUUGGAUGAUCCAGAGGAGGAUAAUUUAUACAUGGUAUUUGAGCUGCUGGAAAAAGGAGAGGUGCUUGAAGUGCCGACUCCCACCCCGCUAUCGGAGGACAUGGCCUGGAAGUACUUCAGAGACAUUAUCGUCGGCAUAGAAUACUUGCAUUACCAGAAGAUUAUUCACAGGGAUAUCAAACCUUCAAAUCUGCUGCUGGGCGAUGAUGGCCACGUCAAGAUUGCUGACUUCGGAGUGAGUAACGAGUUUACUGGGACAGACAUAUCUCUCACUAGCACUGCUGGUACCCCUGCCUUCUCUGCUCCAGAGACGCUCAAAGAUGGCAAAGAAGAGUUCCUAGGGAAGGCUCUGGACAUCUGGGCGAUGGGAAUUACACUGUAUAGUCUCGUUUAUGGACAGGUUCCUUUCCCUCCCAAGGAUGACUACAUUAUGGGUUUGCAUCGACGCAUUUUGAAUGACCCUGUCACUUUUCCUUCUGUGCCUACGCUAUCAGAACAGAUGAAAGAUUUGAUAGUGAAGAUGCUGGAAAAAGACCCUAACAACAGAAUUCUACUGUCUGACAUAAAGGAACACCCCUGGGUGACGAAGGACGGCGAGUUCCCACUCCCCACGGAGGAAGAGAACUGCAUCCUCGUCACCGUCACGCAGGAAGAUAUCAACAACGUUGUCAAACAUGUGCCAAAGAUUGAAACUGUGAUAUUAGUGAAGAGCAUACUAAAACAUAAAUCGUUCCGGAAUCCCUACCGGGACAAGUCACAUGUGAAAGAAGAGUUCCAAAAAGGGAGAUCACAUUCUGCCCCAGAUUCAUUCCAUGAUGUUAUGAAAAGGAAAAUUUCUUCUGAGGCACGCGUUGAUUCUACAUUGGAGGAAGACUCGUGACACAAGGCGUAAAUCAAUCUGGAUUUAGGCUCAUUCUUACAUGUCAAGGUCAAAGGCUGGUCAGAUAAAGUUAACAUCGGUUUAUAAGUUGACCAGUCUUCUGCCUUUUGCUUGACCUUUUGACCCUUGAACUUACUGUGAUGGAAUGUAUUUCACCUGGAUUUUCAGGCUUAAAUAUCUUUUUUAUACUUAUCGUAACUUUGACCAUUGGUGAACUUUGACCUUUUUCAAUUAAUUCCGGUGUAGGUUUUGGAUAUUUUUUAUUGUGAGAUAAAGAAGUUUCAUGUUU